AUGAGGAUUAUGAUCAAAGGAGGUGUGUGGAAGAACACCGAAGAUGAGAUCCUCAAAGCCGCCGUCAUGAAGUACGGCAAGAACCAAUGGGCUCCAGUCUCCUCUCUUCUCGUUCGUAAGUCCGACAAACAGUGUAAAGCUCGCUGGUACGAGUGGCUCGAUCCUUCUAUCAAAAAGACUGAAUGGAGCAGAGAAGAAGAUGAGAAGCGUCUACAUCUCGCGAAGCUUCUACCUACUCAGUGGAGAACCAUCGCUCCUAUUGUGGGACGCACGUGCCUUGAGAGGUACGAGAAGCUUCUUGACGCAGCUUGCACUAAGGACGAGAAUUACGAAGCAGCGGAUGAUCCGCGGAAGCUACGACCUGGCGAGAUUGAUCCCGACCCGGAGUCAAAGCCUGCUCGUCCUGAUCCAGUUGACAUGGACGAAGACGAAAAAGAGAUGCUUUCUGAAGCGAGAGCGAGGAAGAGGAAGCCAAAGGGGAUUGACUAUAAUGCGGAGAUUCCUUUUGAGAAGAGGGCUCCUGCUGGGUUUUAUGUCACUGCAGAUGAAGAUCGUCCUGCUGAUCAGGUGAAGUUUCCGACUACCAUUGAGGGGCUUGAAGGGAAGAGGAGGACAGAUGUGGAGGCACAGUUUCGGAAGCAAGAUGUUGCUAGGAACAAGAUUGCUGAGAGAUAG